AUUAAGUGAGACAAUCAGUAUAACCAACAAACUAGAAAUAUGAUACUUCAUGUUUAGAAAGAUAGCUGCUAAUAGAAGGUAUUACUACUGGUUUGUAUAGAAAAUGUUUAUAAAUACAUUUAUUUUGCAGACCUUUUCUCCCUCUUGAACAGUCUUAUAGCACUAUGUCUGCAACAAAUACUACUAAGAAUAUGGAAGUGUCAGACAAUAUGGACCUGGACCCUGUCAUAGCUCUUUCUGAUAGGCAGCCUACAUUGCAGAAUGUUGUUGCAACAGCGGAUCUAGGUCUCACCUUAGAUCUCAAAGUUAUUUCACGGUCUGCCAAAAAUACAGAAUUUAAACCAAAGCGCUUCGCUGCCGUUAUUAUGAGACUCACUGAUCCUAGAGCGACGAUUCUGAUAUUUGAGACCGGGAAAAUCGUCUGUACCGGAGCCAAAAAUGAGGCUACUGCUUAUGUUGCCACUAAAAGAUGUGCCAGCAUUAUAAAGCAUAUCAAUAGUGUGAAUAUUAAAGUUAGGGACUUUAAAAUUCAAAACAUGGUUGCAAAUUGUUCCGUCGGAUUUCCUAUACGGCUAGAAGCUCUCCAAGAUGAGCAUCUUCAUUUUGCUCGUUAUGAGCCUGAAAUAUUCCCAGGACUUAUAUAUCGAAUGGUGACUCCAAAAGUAGUUUUACUGAUUUUUGUGUCUGGUCGGAUUAUCUUUACAGGGGCUAAAUCUCAGGAAGACAUCAUGUCUGCUUGGAAUCAAAUUUACAAUGUUCUUCUUCGGUUUAAAAAAAUGUAAGAGAAAAAAU